CAUACCUUGCUUGGUACUCAGCUGCUUUCAUGAAUUCCCAUACACAUCGCAGUUAAUAACGCUGCAAUACUGUGAUCACUCGUAUACCUUGUCAUUUCAUCUCGCAAUGCUCGAUUUGCCCCCUCCCCACUCUCGAUAUAUACUAUAUUGGAAGAUUAUGGAGCUCGGCUCAAAUACCCAUUGGCUCAUUAUGCGCUCAAAACCUCCAUCACAACCAUAUUUGGAUGACUACUCCAAUCUAUUUCUAUCUAAUCGCCGUACCUGUAAUUCUUCAUUCUUACUGAGCCAGUGCCUAGAAAUGGACUUUUCGCGUAGACAAUUUGAUUCAAUAUGGAAGAGGUAAGAUCGAGACCCAUGAGCUACGCCGUAGCCUUGCAGAUAUCUCCAAGAUUAUCAUUUACAAUCCUAGUUAUCCCCCCUGGGUCUGGAUAGCUUCUGCUUAUCAAUGCCAGGAUAAGUUUCAACGCGAAUACUCUCCCACGUUUUGAACCGUGUCUUGUGAGAAGACGCUGGUCAUUGACAUGCGGAAUGGAAAUCGUGAGAAAAUAGAGUCUAUCUACCCCUGCUUGUCGUGGUAGGAUUUUGAUUUCCAUCGACGAAAACCUCCGGAAUAUUCCUUUCUUUCUUUUCUACGAGCCUUUCCAUUCUUAUCUUGUAUUUCCAAUUCAGCCAUUGUCGGCCCUCAUGUUUGUUGAACAGCGUCAUGAAAACACGGUUCCAUAAUGGGCUACUGUUCGCUUUGAUUGUUGUACUAAAAGUCACAGCGAGUCCAUUGAAUAGUGUACCUGAAAGUCAGUUGAAGUCAAAAAGAGCUGUUCCCUCUCCAUUGGUUAUACCGGCUAGUCAAUACUUUGAUGGUGAUGAUGGUCAAUGGUCUUCUUUGGCAUUGAGAGUUGGGAGCCCUGCACAAGAUGUUCGAGUAUUGGUAUCAACCAAUUCACCAGAGACUUUAGUAGUUUUGCCACUUGGUUGUACUUCUGCAGCUAUAUCACCGAUACCGAGUGGUUGUGCGAAUGCUCGAGGGGGCCUAUUCAACAACAGCUUAUCCAAUACUUGGGAGGACAUAGGAUUAUUUGGCAUCAACCAAAAUGGUGUAGGAUUUCAGGCAGAUUUGGGAUAUUCUCAAUCGGCAGACUUCGGCUUAGAUUCAAUUGGAUUGGGAUAUGUCUCAGGGACGAAUGGACCUACUCUGGAAAAUCAAACAAUUGGUUCUAUUGCUACAGCAUCGCCAUUCUAUACAGGAAUAUUCGGACUUGGUACUCAGCCAUUAAACUUUACGACCAUAGGAAAUUAUUCAUCCGAAUCCUAUUUCUCAUCUUUGUGGUCUCAAAAACUUAUCCCAAGUUUGACGUGGAGCUAUACAGCUGGAGCAAAAUAUCGACUCAAAGCAGGCCAAUACGCGCAAUUGAUUUUUGGAGGAUAUGAUACAUCUCGAUUUACACCAAAUUCUGCUUCCUUUACUCUUUCUUCGGACAUCAAUCGAGAUAUCGUUGUGGCAAUUCAAGCUAUAACAUAUAGUGGAACGACACAAUCUAGUCUGUUAGCGAAUCCGACUUACGCUUUUAUUGAAUCGACCGAUCCAAAUUUCUGGCUUCCUGAAGCAGUUUGUCAAGAAUUCGAAAAAGCUUUUGGCCUUUCAUUAGACAAUAGUACCGGUCUCUACCUGAUCAACUCUACUCAAUAUUCUUUGUUAACCUCUAUCAAUCCUCAAGUCACAUUUUCUCUAGCGAAUUCAUUGACAGGUGGUGACAUCGCUUCCAUCGUGCUACCUUUCAAUGCUUUUGCUCUAUCAGCUUCACAUCCUUUUGUUCCAAAUGAUACUUAUUAUUUUCCCCUCGGAAAAUCAGCGAAUGACAGUCAGAAUACUUUAGGGCGAGCUUUUCUUCAAGAAGCUUACCUCACAGUUGAUUAUGAACGUGGAAAUUUCACUGUCAGUCAGUGUUCUUUUGUUGAUGGCGUCACUGCUGAAAUCAAUACCAUCACAUCUCCCAAUUUAGCAAAUAAUUCCUCAUCUAUGUCAAAAUCUUCAUCUAUCGCUAAUUCUACUAAUCCGACUAAACAUUUGUCAAUUGGAAUUAUAUGUGGAAUUGCUGUGGCAUUGGUGGCUGUUCUCAUCAUUGGAGCUCUUGGUGGAUUUUAUCUUUUCCGUCGCCGCAACCGUCGUGAAGCUACAGCAGAGAUUGCACUACGUGGAAUAAAUGGAUCAUUCCCUAAGGCUGGUUCUCGCAUGACACCAUCGCCCAAUCCAUCAUCGAUCCCCCCAAUAGACUCUUCUCCAGAUCUCUCGUCAAAUCAACUAUAUAUGCAAGAAGUCAGCCCAAUAGCCGAAGUGCCAGGCCAUGAAACUCGUGAGCCGGUGGAAAUUCAUUCUCCUGAUCUGAAUAAUCAGUCGAAUUUGAUUCAAUUUACAAAUAACCCAACUGAAAUGUAUACAAAAACAUCAGAAGAUCCUUAUGAGGAUUACACAACCGCUGCACGUCGGAUAGACUCUCAAAGAAAUUUUGCAACUUCAUCUGAAAUGGAUGCAAGUUCCUCAAUACAUGAGCUUCCUGGAAGUAACCCAUUGGUUGAAAUGGAUGAUGAAAGGAGUAGGCAUACUUUGUCGCCACGAUUAACUCCAUCUCAGAAAUCACCGCAGUUUUAUCAAGGACACAACUUACUAUCACCAAAUUCCUCAUACCAAAAUAUAUCUCCGGCCAUACCAGAACUAUCACCGAGUCCUAGAGUUUCCUCGACACAAGGAAGGAUAUCGCCAUUCGAAAUUCUCAGAAAUAAGUCGUCUACCCCGCACAAAUCAGAGCCUAUUGACACAAGUCCCUUCCCAUUAACAAAUCUAGAACCACCCAUUUAUCGAUACAACCCAUUGAGAAGAUCAGGCACAGGUUACUCGGACAAUUCAGGAUUCUCAGGGAUUUCGGAAGAAUUAACAGGAACACCCCUUUCAAUGACAAGUCCUACUCUUGGAAGACCUCCCUCGAUGUUCAUGAGAGCUUUCUCGAGAUCUGGUAGGCCAGCUUGGAACAGAGAAUCAGCCCCGAGUGUUCCGUCUAGAGGUUCUUCAAAUGCUACGACGCCGGGUGGGCGGACCGGUAAAAAUCCUAAUAACUCUUGGUUUUUUUAAAUGAGUUUUAUUCUGAACAAUCAGAUUACGUUCUUUGUAUCUAUUUAUUUCUUCAUUUCUAGGUAACUUAUAUAUGAGGGAGAUUUGAAGGGUAUUUUAAUAGGUAGAGACGAGCUCUAGGUUCCUACACCUACGAGAAUGAUUACCGGAACAUUUGGACAAUUCAAUGGGGAGGAAAUAAGAAUCGUACAGAAAAUUACUGUAUUCAUAGUAUAUCCCGCCUU